AUGAACACAGACAUCACUGCAUCGACGAAACCAGAGUACCCUGUCGUUGAUCGCAACCCUCCCUUCACCAAAGUUGUCGGCAACUUCAACACUCUCGAUUAUCUCCGAUUCGUCACCAUCACCGGCGUUUCCGUCACUGUCGGCUACCUCUCCGGGAUUAAGCCAGGAAUUAGGGGUCCUUCGAUGGUGACAGGGGGUCUCAUUGGAGUGAUGGGUGGUUUCAUGUAUGCUUACCAGAACUCUGCUGGGAGACUCAUGGGUUUCUUCCCCAAUGACGAUGAGGUAGCUCGGCACCACAAAAAGUAA